CGGAAGACAGGUCACUUAUUCCUCCGAGUGAUCCAUCUUCGCGAAUACACACGAUCUUCGGUGCAACUCUUCUGACACCAAGCGAGCUGCAAACAAGCUGCCUCUCUACUAAUCCACGCCGACAGGAGGGAAGGGGAGAGCUUCAACCCCUCGUCUCCCCGAAGCCGACCCCGAGUAAAAACCGGCCAGCCAUGGAUGACACCUCCUCGCUGGGCAAAGUCAGCAGCUCCACCGAGUCCGUAGCCACCGUCACCAGUGAGGAAUUUGUUCUGGUUCAGCCCAGCUCUGCCGGGUCACCACAGGGCUCUGAGGGCAAACCCAGGCUCAAGAUGUCUUGGAAUGGGAGUGAACAGCUGGAAAAAGCCAUGGAGGAGGUGUUGGAUGAUGACGAGGAGGAGAAGAUAGAGAAGAGCAGCGUGGAGAAGAUGGAGAAGAGCAGCGUGGAGAAGAUGGAGAAGCACAAGGAGCCAGAGAGCCGCGUCCCGGAGACACAACCUGCAGGACCAUGUCCGGCGCCGUCCGUCCCCACGGUCCUGGAGGAGGACAGCGUCCAGUUCAACAAGCUGUCCUACCUGGGCUGCACCUGGGUCAAAGCCCCUCGCAACGAGGCCGAGGCUCAGAGGGCCAUGGCCACCCUGCGAGCUGAGAGUGCCAAACACAUCCCCAUCACCCUGCACGUCCCCUGUGGUCCAGAUGGCUCCGUCAGGAUCGUGGACCAGGCCACGGGCACGGAGAUCGCCUCCUUCCCUCUCUACAAGGUGCUGUUCUGCGCUCGUGGCCGCGAGGGCUCGGUGGAGAGCGACUGCUUCUCUUUCACCGAGAGUUACAGGAGCUCGGAGGACUUCCAGAUUCACGUCUUCUCCUGUCACAUCAAGGAGGCCGUCAGUCGCAUCCUGUACAGUUUCUCGACAGCCUUUCGGCGUUCCUCCCGCCCUGCAGACAUCAGGGACGCGGCGCAGACCAGUCCGCCUGACGGCGACCUUUACACCUUCACCGUCUCGCUGGAGAUCAGGGAGGAUGAUGGCAAAGGCAACUACAAUCCAGUCCCGAAAGACAGAGAUAAGUUCUACUUCAAGCUUCGACAGGGCGUCCAGAAGAAGGUCGUUGUUUCGGUUCAACAAAUGUGCAACAAGGAGCUCGGCAUCGAGAGGUGCUUUGGGAUGCUGCUGAGUCCGGGACAGAAAGUCUGCAACAGUGACAUGCAUCUUGUAGAAAUGGAGUCAAUGGGGAAGAGCUCGGACGGGAAGGCCUACGUCAUCACAGGAACGUGGAACCCCAACAUGGCGGCGUUCCAGCUGCUGAAUGAAGACACGCCCAAAGAUAAGCAGGUCUACAUGACCGUGGCGGUGGACCUGGUAGUGACCGAAGUGGUGGAGCCAGUUCGCUUCCUGUUGGAAACUCUUGUCAGGGUCUAUCCAUCAACCGAACGCUUCUGGUACUUCAGCCGCAAGACCUUCAGCGAGACUUUCUACCUCAAACUCAGACAGCAGGCUCCAGAUAGGGUGAGUCAAAGCGACGCUGUGUAUGAGGUGGUGAGUCUUCAGAGGGAGGCAGAAAGAAGCAACGAAGAAAGAGGACAACCGGCUUCACCCGCCGAGGAAGAGGAGGCUGAUGAAGAUAGCGACAAUGAAAUCAACAGUGGGACGGGGAAGGUUUCCAAAGACUGUCCGGAGAAAAUACUGGAGUCCUGGGGAGCGAUCCUCAGCAGAUGGCACGGGAACCUGUCCACUCGUCCGAAGGGUUUGCCCUCGUUGGUACGCAGUGGCAUUCCUGAGCCACUCAGAGCCGAGGUCUGGCAGCUGCUGGCCGGUUGCCACGACAACCACGACCUGCUUGAGCAGUACCGCAUCCUCAUCACCAAGGACUCGCCUCAGGAAGGCGUCAUCACCCGCGACAUCCACCGCACGUUUCCCGCACACGACUACUUCAAGGACUCCGACGGAGACGGACAGGAUUCGCUGUACAAGAUCUGCAAGGCCUACUCCGUCUAUGAUGAGGAAAUUGGUUAUUGUCAGGGCCAGUCGUUCCUCGCUGCUGUCCUCCUGCUGCAUAUGCCCGAGGAGCAGGCCUUCUGUGUGUUGGUGAAAAUCAUGUACGAGUACGGCCUCAGGGCUCUCUACAAGAACAACUUUGAAGAUCUUCACUGCAAGUUCUACCAGCUGGAGAGGCUGAUGCAGGAACAGCUUCCAGACCUGUGGUCCCACUUCCAGGACCUGAACCUGGAGGCACACAUGUAUGCCUCCCAGUGGUUCCUCACCCUCUUCACUGCCAAGUUCCCCCUCUGCAUGGUUUUCCACAUCACUGACCUGCUGCUCUGUGAGGGAUUGAACAUCAUCUUCAACGUAGCCCUGGCCCUGCUCAAGACGUCUAAGGAGGACCUCCUGCAGGCAGACUUUGAAGGGGCUCUCAAGUUCUUCAGAGUGCAGCUCCCUAAGCGAUACAGAGCCGCAGAGAAUGCCAGGAGGCUUAUGGAGCAGGCCUGUAACAUCAAGGUUCCGACCAAAAAGCUGAAGAAGUUUGAGAAGGAGUACCAGACGCUGAGAGAGAGUCAGCUGCAGCAAGAGGACCCCAUCGACCGAUACCAGAGGGAGAACCGGCGUCUCCAGGAAGCCAGCAUGAGACUGGAACAGGAAAACGACGACCUGGCACACGAACUGGUCACCAGUAAGAUCGCGCUGCGGAACGACCUCGACCAGGCGGAAGACAAAGCCGAUGUUCUGAACAAAGAGCUGCUGACGACCAAGCAGCGUCUGGUGGAGACCGAGGAGGAAAAGAGACGACAGGAAGAAGAGACGGCUCAGCUGAAGGAAGUUUUCAGGAGGGAGCUGGAAAAAGCCGAGCAGGAGAUCAAGAAAACCACUGCGAUCAUAGCCGAGUACAAACAGAUCUGCUCCCAGUUGAGCACCAGGCUGGAAAAACAGCAGGCAGCGACAAAAGAGGAGCUGGACAUCGUCAGGAAUAAAGUGAUGGGCUGCGACCACUGCCGGGACCUGUUCGGCACCCUGGGCUCCCUCCAGGCCUCGUCCCCCGGCAGCGACCGGACCUCCAACGAGCCGCUGGACGAGGAGAAGGACGGGCUGAAGGAGCAGCUGAGACAGAUGGAGCUGGAGCUGGCGCAGACCAAGCUGCAGCUGGUCGAGGCCAAGUGUCGCAUCCAGGAGCUCGAGCAUCAGCGGGGAGUCCUGAUGAACGAGAUCCAGGCCGCCAAGAACUCAUGGUUCAGCAAGACCCUGGGCUCUCUGAAGAGCUCCGCGUCCUCCUCCUCCUCCUCCUCCAGCUCUACGUCCCAGACCCCGUCCUCUCCAAAGGAAGGAGCAGCCUAGAUGACCCCCGACCCCCCCACCCCCACCCUCCACCCCACCAUCAUUCCGAUUCUUUCCCUUGCAGGAUGCACACUAGAGCUGAAGAAACAACCGGCUGAAGAAUGCAGUAUUCCUUUUUCCUGCAGGUGGCUUAAUGGCGCUCCCUGGCUUUCUGGACUGCAAAUAUCUGAAAGGAUGUAGAAGAAGAAGAAGAAGAAGAAGAAGAAGAAGAAGAAGGCGGGGCCCUGACCAGCCUCCUGUCUCUGAGUGAACUGUAAAGAGUCUUUUGACUUUCUCCGCUUCACAGGUGAUGAGACGGGUGAGGGUGAAGCAUCAGUGAGGCCUGAUGUGGGUUUUAAGUUCAGGUUGAUGCUGACUGCUGAGCGUCAGUAAUGGGAUCUGUCUUCUAGGUCACUUAGCGCCACCCUGUGGCGUGACGCGGCAACCGCAGGGAUGCUGUCGGUUUGUGAAAUUAGAAUUAAAUCUGAAUUCAGUCUCACUAUUAAGACAAUAUUUUUAUUGAUACUAGUACAAGUACAUCACAGAGGUAUGACAAUGUUAUCACAUAAAAAUAUAUCAGCGCAGCAACGCUCCAGCUCUCUGAAAAAGGAAUACUGCAUAAAAGAGUCUUAAAUGAGAACAAAGCAAAGUGGUAUUCUUUAUAGUAAUAUAACGUAAACCAUGUUGUCAUAUAAAUAUGUAUAACUAAUUGUUGAUUUUUUUUUUUUUUUAAUAAUCUUGUACAGUUCUUUAAGAGAAGAAGAAAAAUAACACGAGGAAAAGCUCUUUCAUUUCUUUUCUACUGUUUGGAAGUUGAAUGUCAUCUCUUUAGAUGUUAACGUAAGCACAGUGUGUGAUCGAUCGUGUCCAGUCCAAACGCUGAACAGCCAAAGUGACAACCUGCAGAACAGUUUUUGUUUGUUUUAUCCCAGUUCCUGCCUGUAAGAAAUACUUUAACAGUUUCUUUGUUUUUUUCAUGCAGCAGGAGUCAGAUUAUGAAGCUAUUCUAGCCCGUCCUUCUAACACUUUUAAUGAUUCCGUGUAAAUCAUAGUUAACAUUUACGCGAGGCUUGAAGUAAGUUGCUGCGCACGUCAGAGUCACUUCAAGCAUUCAAAGUAGAUUUAAACCUCAAAACUGCAUUUUUUAUUUUUCUAAUUUGUCAGAUGUGUUGGUCUUGUUUUAAGAGAACAUUUUAGUUGUCUCGUUUGCUCACAGGCGGAGUAAAUAAAGGAGCGUGUCAGUCUCGCAAACUUCACCAUAGAUACUAGAGUAAGUGCUUUAACCUUGGUAUUUAUACCUUAUAUCACAAUGUAAGCUCUAAAGUACCUGACAAAUAGCACAAGUCAUCCCUUAAACCGACAUCAUUUCGUUAAGAAGCAAGAUUAAGCCGUAAUACUGCGUCGCCAGACGGCCCGAGGAGGCGUUUGCACAACUGUGCCAACACCCUCCUUGUUGCAUGAAAACUAUUUACUCCUUUAUUAACUCUUUACGCAAUGAACAUCAGAAUCUCCUGUGUCUAUGGUGGACGGUUGACUCUGAAGCUAUGUACAGUCUUAAACACUGCAGGGUUGUUGUUUUUUUACUUUAUUUUUAGCAGGAUGAUUCCACAUUCAGAAUAAACAUAAUGCUUGUUAGCCGCCUGCUUGACAAAUACAAAGGACACAAGGUUUGAGUUUUGUUGAUGUAAACAUUUAGCCCAGAAAAGGUCAUUCUGUAGCAUUAAAGCUCGUUAGCGUAGUUGUGUUAACGGGUAGAAAGCUGCAGUGUAGGUGCCAAUCUCCCUCCUUUAUUCCCCAGUCUGGUUGACACUGAACUCAGCCUUUGGACUCGGACCAAUCCCUUGUUUUGUUUUUGUAUGUUUGCGCGCGCGUGCGUGUGUGUGUGUGUGAAUACGUGUGUGUGUUCUGCACUGUAACCGAUGUGGUUGAAGUGGAACUGUUUCUUCUUCACGUGGCUGCCUUUUUCUGUCGAUGACUGAAGCAGUUGGCUUGACCGGAGAAAAGCCAUGUGACUGUUUCGAGAGCAUCAGCUGUGCCAUAAGAGCCUCACCUCUGCUCCCUCUUUCCACUGGUCUUCCUCUGAGCUCCCAACAGUCUGCAACAAACCUCACCCGUCGUUUAGAAGAGUCAGCCGGAUGUCAUGUUCACACCCCCCCCCCUCCGCCGCCGCCCCCCUCGCAGUGCUGCCGCCGUCCUCUGGCUGUGGCCGACUCAAGUGGAGGAAAUGCAUCAGUGUCUUGAAGAGGGGGAGAACAGAAGUUGACGGACUGAGUGUCACACUGCGUUUCCUGGACGUUCCUCCUUCACCGUCGCGCAUCGUUCUUGUUGGUCAGUGUGUGAAAGCUGUACAACCAGUUCAAUGUUAACUGUGGCCAAGUCAAAGACGACUCUCAUUUAUUAUGUGCACUAACCACGGCAUUGAUAUUUUAAACACUAUUUCGAGAUGUGUUUGUUUAGAGUUUUUUUUUUUUUUUUUUUUAUUGUCGCUGAGAGGCCAGCUGCCAAUUUAUAAUCCACUCUAAUCCAGUUGAUUUUAAUGAUGCAAAUACAGGCGGUGAGUCAGAUUACAGCUGUAAUGUGUGCGUCGUGUAGUUUACAGUUUGUUGUAACACCACAGGGAGGGACGGCUCCUCAGCGGGACCCACUCCCAUCACUGUUCGCUGUACAGUUACUGUCUGAGCUGCAUUAAUAAAUUUCAGUUUUUAUGUUCA